GACUGAGUUACAGCCCGGAGAGUCUCACGUCGUCCGCCGCUGAAAUGGCUGCUGAGGCCCCGCUAGAGACGCCCGCGCCGAGCGUGGAGAGCGACGCGCCGCCGACGGAGGCGACCGAGGAGAAAGAGGAGGCCCCCGCCGAGCACGGAGCUCCGGAGCCAGGCUGCGACGUAGAGCCGAAGACGGAAGAGGUGGAGCCGGGAGCCGGCGAGGAGAAGCCCGCUGCAGCGGCGGACAAGGCCGCGACAGAGGCUGCGACGGACGGCGCUGCUGCCGCGUCGGAGGCGACGGCAGCGGCAGCAGCAGCACCGGAGGAGCCGGAGCUCAAACCGGAGCCCGAGCGGAGCCCCGGGGAAGGUAACAGCGAGCCCGCCGGGGAUAACACGGAUAAAGAGGCCAAGGAGGAGCCCGCGGAGGAGGGUCGGUGUGCGGGGAUUGACGAGAAGAGCAAAAGUGCGAGUGAAGAUGGAGAGAAGAGCAGCAGCAGCAGCGGAGGCGGAGAGCUGGGAGACAAGAGGCGGCCCAGCGUGGAGAUCUCCUCCUCGGAUGGGGAACCGCUGAGCCGCAUGGACUCCGAGGACAGUAUCAGCAGCACCCUGAUGGAGAUGGAGAGCACGGUGUCCAGCGGGCGCUCCACCCCUGCCAUGAUGAACGGACAGAGCAGCGCCGGCUCCUCCGGGACCAAGACGCUGGCCUACCCCUGCUGCUGGGACCUCUGUCCACAGUGCUUCAACUCCAGUCCGGACCUGGCUGAGCACAUCAGGGGGAUCCAUGUGGACAGGCAGCGAGGAGGGGUGUUUGUGUGUCUGUGGAAAGGUUGCAAAGUGUACAACACGCCGUCCACCAGUCAGAGCUGGCUCCAGAGACACAUGCUGACCCACAGUGGAGACAAACCCUUCAAGUGUGUGGUCGGCGGCUGCAACGCCAGCUUCGCCUCCCAGGGAGGCCUGGCUCGCCACGUACCGAGUCACUUCAGCCAGCAGAGCUCCUCCAAGAUGUCCAGCCAGGCGAAGCUCAAGGAGGAGUCGCCCUCCAAGGCUGGACUCAACAAGAGGAAGAAGCUCAAGAACAAACGCAGGUGCUCCCUACCGAGGCCCCACGACUUCUUCGAUGCCCAAACCAUGGAUGCUAUCCGCCACAGGGCCAUCUGUCUUAACCUCGCCACCCACAUCGAGAGUGUGGGCAACGGCCACAGUGUUGUCUUUCACAGUACGGUGCUCGCAAAAAGGAAAGAAGGAUCUGGAAAGGUGAAGGUUCUUCUCCACUGGACACCUGAAGACAUACUACCUGAUGUGUGGGUAAAUGAAACCGAGCGAUCCCAGCUGAAGACUAAAGUGGUGCACUUAUCGCAGUUACCGCAGGACACAGCCAUGCUGUUAGACCCAAACAUCUAUCGUGCACUUCCUCAAAAGCGGCUGAAACGCAGCCUGUGAGGAGUCGUCUGCGGACUUCGUACUUGAGGGGAAAUCCUUGUUCACGGGCGGUUUAUCUGUGCGGGAUGAGAGGCUCUUCAUCUGUCUCUGCUGAACGGGGGGACGACAGUGACGCUAAAAGGAAGUGAAACUUACUAUGCUGCACUCCUUUAUUUCCCCCCCCUCUAUCUUCAAUAUUGUCUCUUCAGAAUGACUGUUGUAGCGAACUGUGGUGUAAAACGGGACGAAAAAAAAAAACUUCUUUAAAAGUUUUGUGGUCAUCUGAAACUCAAGUGAAUGUUUUUUUUGUUUUUGUUUUAAGAAGCACCAACCUUAAUUAAUCCCCUGUAAUGUAAAAAAAGAAACUGUUUUGUGUCAUCUUGACAGACAAUGCUUAAUAUUUUAUAACUGUUUUGUGCAAAAAUAUUUAUCAAGAUUUGUAACUUAUUUUUAUACAUAAAUUUCUUGUGUACUGUGGAUUUUUGUGAAGGUUUUGAAUGAAACCGUAUAUACUGUGAUAAUAUCUGUUAACUGUUACCUGUAGGACUAUUGGGGGAAACUUCUGGAUGUAAAUAUGUGGUAUCUGACGUAAGACUUAACAAAUGAUCCUAUUUAUACCUAAUGAAUGCAGUACUGUUGAUUGUGCGUAUGAUAGUCAGGCGUGAGCUGUGCCGGUCGAGCCUGACCUGUAUUUAAUCCAAGUGUUACAGGAGCAAUAACUCAGCAGGAUCAGGGGGAGGAAAGAGAACAAUUAUCAAAGAUCCAAAUAGUUAUGUCUGUUUUCUGUUCAGAUAUUGAGGAUGCAAGCGGAGUGAGGCUGUUCUGAGCUUCGCCUCCCGUCCGAUUGCACAAACACAUCUUCUGCUUUCUCGCUGAUCGGCGCUGAACUGCAUUUUGUAGACACCUUGUUGUUCUCACCCUCCAAAGAUCUUGCUUCAAUUUGAUGUGAAAGUGCAAUGAAGUUGCGAUCUGCCUCACUGCAGGGGGCAGUGUGGAGUACAUGAGGUGCUCCCUAUUUACAUCAAUUCUGUUUUAUUCAAAUGUGUAAGAAAGGACCUUUCUGGGAGACACUGGGAAGAGCGAGAUGUUGAGGAGGGCCUAGGGAGUUAGAGUUGCCUUGUAUCGGGUAUACGCUGAUGACUGAGGGCUUUUUGGGGGAGGCGGCGAGCCGGGAGGGCACGAUGGUGUUGGAGGCCUCGAAGCAAGCGCAGUAGGUGUUCAGUGUUUCUGGGAGCGCCGGGUCCUCAGAGGACAGUGAUGCCCUCCACAUGCUCAGUGGAUCAUUUGAGAUAAAAAUGGCCCCAUCUCUUGAGAACAUGUGAGGACUUGGCUUUCUGAACACCCUCCAGCAGCUUCCUGAAGUAGAUGACGGGUUGAUGCUGCAGCCUCCCUCAGUACCUGCCAGUUCAAGCCCCCCCCCGUUACCACUUCUGGGUGCUUGUUCUGUAGCGACCGGACACUGUUGUACAGCUCCCACAGAGAACAUGUCAAACCUUAAGUUCUUGCCUUUAAUGGUACGAGUGGACUCGCUUUUUGGUUUUCCAGUCACCUGUCACUCAGGCUCACAUUCUCAAUGUGUUUUUAACCUGAAGUCAAAACCCUCAGGGAGCUCCAGGGUGGAAACAGAGUGAAAGAAACCAACAAUUCCAACAUCAGUUGAUAAUAACAAGUGGGAAUCAGACAUUUAUGUCGCAGUCAGUCAGUCCGGAAAUGUUCCAGUUCAUGUCGUGAGACUCGAAACAGAAGAUCGUUUAUGGACGUUUCAUUGGAACCUGCUGUUGCAGAACUGGUCGGAACCCAGAGAAGCAUUGAAGACCAAGACUUUUUAUUUAAUUUACGUGAAAGUGUGCCAAGCGGAAGAAACUCUAAGGUCGUUUUAUAUUGACAUCCGUCAUGUAUUGUCAUGAAGGCGGCUUACUUUAACUUACAAAGACAGGCUGGACAGUUUUCAACAGUUUUCAACAACUUAACCUGCCUCCCACCACCUCUACUUCAGAAUAACACGAGAUCUGUAAAUUAUAGUUGUUAUGAUAAAUUUCUAUCACUUCUAUUUAAGCACUUAAGAGUUAUUGUGGAAAAUUGUGUUUUCUACUCUUUGUUGUUGCUUUUGGAUAUGAAAUGUUGUGUUUGUAAUAAAAUUGGGGAA